GGCAGCAGGAGGGGCGUGGCCAGACAUCAGCAGGAUAUAAGGCAGCUCCCGCGGCUUCUCUUCCCGCCUGCUGCACCGACCGAGCGCCCUGAGACCAGCACUACUAAAUCAUCAUGUCUGCCGGAAACGCCAAGAUUGGUAAACUCGCUCCUGACUUCACCGCGAAGGCCGUGAUGCCCGAUGGACAGUUCAAGGACCUGAAGCUCUCUGACUAUAGAGGGAAGUACGUCGUCUUCUUCUUCUACCCCUUGGACUUCACCUUUGUUUGCCCCACGGAGAUCAUCGCCUUCAGUGACCGCGUGGAGGAGUUCAAGAAACUAAACUGUGAGGUCAUCGCGGCGUCCGUGGACUCUCACUUCUGCCACUUGGCCUGGACCAGCAGUCCACGGAAAGAUGGUGGCUUGGGCUCCAUGAACAUCCCCCUGGUGGCCGACACUCUGCGCAAAAUCUCUACAGACUACGGUGUCCUGAAGGAGGACGAGGGGAUCGCCUUCAGAGGCCUCUUCAUCGUGGACGACAAAGGGAUCCUGCGUCAGAUCACCAUUAACGACCUGCCCGUCGGCCGCUCUGUGGACGAGACCCUGCGGCUGGUACAGGCCUUCCAGCACACGGACAAGUAUGGUGAAGUCUGCCCGGCGGGAUGGAAGCCCGGAAGUGACACCAUCAAACCCGACGUCCAGAAGAGCAAGGAGUAUUUCUCCAAGCAGAAGUAGGGGCCGGACCCGCUGCGUCGUAGUCGUCUCUGUAUAGAAGGUUUAAUGUAUUUAAGGAGCAUUUUCUAAUGUAGAACAUGGCGCCCGCCGCGGCGUCGCAGUCCUGGUGGCUGACGCUUUUUGUAAAGACCAAUUAAAGUUCUUUCAGGAAUGA